CUUCGUCCUUAGCAACUGCGGGACCUCGGCGGCGCCGGCCUCCCGGGAGCAACGCUUGUGACAACUGCACCACUCACAACGAAAAGAACUCGGAAUCUGGAGAGAAGCACCUGUUUUGACACCAGCAAUGAGCCAUCCCAACUACCAGCUGAACCUGUGCCCUCUGGCCACCCCCAGAGGUGCGUCCCGUAGGCUUGAUCCACAUGGUGUUGGAACUUCACCAGGUAGCAGGAAUUCCAAGAACAAGUCAACAAGAGCGAAGAAAAAGAGCAUAUUUGAGACCUACAUGUCCAAGGAGGCUGUGUCCGAAGGUUUAAAGCGGGGAACGCUUAUCCAGGGUGUAUUGAGAAUCAAUCCUAAGAAGUUUCAUGAAGCCUUCAUUCCUUCCCCGGAUGGUGACCGGGACAUUUUUAUUGAUGGGGUUGUUGCUCGCAACAGAGCCUUGAAUGGGGAUCUGGUGGUGGUGCAGCUGCUUGCUGAGGAGCAGGCAAAGGUAAUUAAACCAGAGGGCAAUGACAGAGAAACAGAAGGUGCUGAUGAAUUAGGUCUCCCCGAGGAGCUCUGUGGAAGCCAGCUCUCAUACCAAUCCCCCAAAAGUUACGACGACAGUCCUGAUGUCAUCAUAGAGGCUCAGUUUGAUGACUGUGGCUCAGAAGGUGAACAUGGCAACUCCCCAAAUGUUCUUAUUGAUGGCAUCAAGAAGCUCUCAAUGUGUGUUCAUGACAAAGGAAAAGACGAAGAUCAUGCAACUGUCACAAAAGCCGAUUCCUCUGCCACUGCACAGGACAUGCAAGCAUCUCCUGAGAAGAUCAGCAAAGAUCAGCAAAGAUCAGCAAAGGUGGUUUACAUCUCAGAGAAGAAGCAUUCGAGAGCAGCAACGGGGUUCCUCAAACUUCUGGCCAAUAAGAACAACAACCUGUUUCAGAAAUAUGCCCUAUUUUCUCCUGUUGACCAUCGAGUACCUCGAAUUUAUGUGCCUCUCAAGGACUGUCCCCAGGACUUUGCAACCCGACCUAAAGAUUACGAAAACACGUUGUUCAUCUGCCGCAUCGUGGACUGGAAGGAGGAUUGCAAUUUCGCUUUAGGGCAGCUGGCAAAGAGUCUUGGACAGGCAGGUGAGAUCGAGCCAGAAACAGAGGGCAUUCUAACAGAGUAUGGAGUGGACUUCUCGGAUUUUCCUUCCAAAGUUCUAGACUGUCUCCCACGCAACCUACCUUGGACAAUUCCACCAGAAGAAUUCAAUAAACGAAGAGAUUUAAGAAAGGACUGUAUCUUCACCAUUGACCCAGCAACGGCCCGAGACCUGGAUGAUGCACUCUCCUGUAGGCCACUCCCUGACGGCUCCUUUGAAGUGGGGGUCCACAUUGCUGACGUGAGCUACUUUGUUCCUGAGGGGUCCGAGCUGGAUCAAAUGGCAGCAGAGAGAGCUACAAGUGUCUACUUGGUUCAGAAGGUCAUCCCCAUGCUGCCCAGGCUGCUCUGUGAGGAACUCUGCAGCCUCAACCCCAUGAGCGACAAGCUGACUUUCUCUGUCAUCUGGACGCUGAAUGCACAGGGCAAGAUCCUCAGCGAGUGGUUCGGACGCACUGUCAUCCGCUCCUGUGCCAAGCUGAGUUACACACAUGCUCAGAGCAUGAUUGAGAGCCCCUGCCAGGCACUCCCUGAGGACCAGCUACCUCCCAUCUCCCCAGAGCACAGCAUCCAGGAGAUACACCAGGCCAUCCUGCAUCUCCACGCCAUUGCCAAGGAGCUCCGCGCACAGCGCUUUGUGGAUGGGGCGCUGCGCCUGGACCAGGUCAAGCUUGCUUUCACUCUGGACCACGAGACUGGACUGCCACAAGGAUGCCACAUUUAUGAAUACCGCGACAGCAACAAGCUGGUGGAGGAGUUCAUGCUCCUGGCCAACAUGGCCGUGGCCCACCGCAUCCACCGCGCCUUCCCUGAGCGUGCGCUGCUCCGCCGCCACCCGCCACCACAGACCAAGAUGCUCAGCGACCUGGCGGAGUUCUGUGGCCAGAUGGGGCUGCCUGUGGACUUCAGCUCUGCCGGCGCCCUCAACAAAAGUCUAACCGAAAUGUUCGGAGACGACAAGUACUCCAUGGCCCGGAAGGAGGUGCUAACCACCAUGUGCUCUCGGCCCAUGCAGAUGGCUCUGUACUUCUGCUCGGGGUCGCUGCAGGACCAGGCACAGUUCCGGCACUAUGCACUCAACGUGCCACUCUACACGCACUUCACCUCACCCAUCCGCCGCUUUCCAGAUGUGCUGGUGCACCGCCUGCUGGCCGCCGCACUGGGCUACCGGGAGGUGCCCAGCAUAGAGCCCGAUGGCCUGCAGAAAAAGGCAGACCACUGCAACGACCGCCGCAUGGCGUCCAAACGCGUGCAAGAGCUCAGCACGGGCCUCUUUUUCGCCAUCAUGGUCAAGGAGACUGGCCCGCUGGAGUCUGAAGCCAUGGUGCUGGGUGUACUGAACCAGGCCUUCGAUGUGCUGGUGCUGCGCUAUGGUGUGCAGAAGCGCGUGUACUGCAAUGCACUGCCCCUGAGGUCCCACCACUUCCAGCGUGUGGGAAAGAAGCCGGAGCUCACGCUGGUCUGGGAACCUGAGGACAUGGUGCAGGAGCCAGUGCAACAGGUUCUCACCAUCUUCAGCCUGGUGGACGUGGUGCUGCAGGCAGAGGAUGCCGCCCUCAAGUACAGUGCCACCCUCAAGCGGCCGGACCAGGUGCACCACAGUGACCAUGAUGGCAGCUGUGACAUUGACAGCGACUACACGAACCUGGAACCAGAAGCCUGAGAGUCUCACCUGCUGGCUUUUAGGAUUGGGACCUUUCGGCACCGAAGGGGAGUUUUAAUUGGAUUUUUAACACUUCAGGAUUUUGUUUAUAUUUUCCAUCCUAUUUUAUUUUUGCAGCUCAGUUUUUAAACAGACUAGGGGGGGGGGUUGGGUGUGGAUCCUGACCCGAACAGUGCCACAGCCGCUCCCCCCAUUCACUGCCUCCUCUGCCCAGGAAUCUGGGGUCCUCAUCAAAUCAGUGUCAAGGAAUAAAAUCAAGUGUGAAGUGCA